UGUAUUAUUUCUUUCCUUUUUAUUCACUAUCAGAGCUUCAUCGCUUAUUGCGAAUGAUAUCCCGCAUUAUUCGCAGAUUCGGAAGACAGUUUCAUUCGAUCUGCAUAUCAAUCACUCGGCAAUUCUUCACCAGCAGAUAAACUUAGUUCCAACUAGCGAACGACGCACUCACGGAAGUCGUGUUUCUCGUUCAAAAAUAGAUUCGCUCUCACGUGGUCAUCCUGAUCGGCUCUAAUUACCGCCUAAUCUUGUCUCACCUUGAAGGUGUACCUACAGCGGCUACAAAUUUCCUCUGAAUCACGGUGCAGCUGUUUCUGUACACACCAUAUAAUGGCACGCAUAUAUAAUAUGUAUGAAUGUUGGCAUAUACGUACCUGGAUAUCACUGCCGUUGAAAGCGACAUGAUUUUGCAGAGCCUUCCGUUCUUUGCCAAUUACUGGCAUUACCUUCUGAUCAGCUUAGUCUCUUUUCUUCUUUUCAACACCUUGGCUCGAUUGUCGAGGGUAGCGAAAACCGCCAGGAAGAUAUUGGAACAGGAUAAGGGUGAACCGGAAUCCUUGAACGAUGAGCAAGGAUCAGAUGAAAAUGAUGGAGAACAUUUAGUUGAGGACGAUGAUGACGAACCUGCUCUACCCAAGGACCUGGAACAUGUGCCUUACGUUUACACAAGGCCUUCCGAAGAGGAGCUAAUCCAAAGGGCGCGGGAGUUUUAUCUGGUCGCUUCUGCUCGACGUACUAUUAGAUUCUUCAGUCCAGAUCCUGUGCCGAAAGAAGUAAUUCAGGAAAUUGUUAAAUCCGCCGGCACUGCUCCCAGUGGAGCGCACACCGAGCCCUGGACUUUUGUGGCGGUGUCAGACCCUCGGACAAAGGCUGCAAUCAGGGAAAUUGUUGAGAAAGAGGAAGAAAUUAAUUACAAAAAAAGAAUGGGAAAAAAAUGGACAACCGAUCUACAGCCGCUUCGGACCGAUUGGAUUAAGGAAUAUUUGACCAUCGCGCCGUACCUGAUUUUAGUUUUUAAACAAAUGUACAGCAUCGGGCCUGAGGGAAAGAGAAAGAUUCACUAUUACAACGAAAUGAGUGUUUCUAUUGCUUGUGGUAUACUUCUCACGGCAAUACAGAGCACUGGAUUGGUGACGCUAACAUCAACUCCAUUGAAUUGUGGACCUGCAAUUCGUAAGCUCUUGAACCGUCCUGCAUCUGAGAAAUUAACACUGCUACUUCCGGUUGGCUAUCCAGCCAGAGAUGCAACAGUGCCUAAUCUUCGUCGGAAAUCGCUGUCAGAAAUUCUUGUUGAAAUAUGAAACUCCGCUAACGAACUUUGAAACAUUUUUACACUGACCAAGUUACUGCACAACACUUAUCUCGUACUUUAACAUUCGAAUUGUAGCUGUAGAUUUAUUGUAAUCAUUUUUAAUAAAAUCGAACCAUGUAAUGCAAAAUGAGA